AUAAAAGUGCGACAGGUCUGCGCCGUGGCUUUGUUAGUCAGAGAUUGUGGCAUUAUUUGGUUGUGUCUGGUGAUAAGUGGUUAUUUAAUUAUAAGAAAGAAAGUUAAAUUAAGUGUAAUAUAAAAAUAACUAUAAAAAAUAUAGCCAAAUAUAUGAAGAAAAAUCAGUGAAUUAACACCUUUGGAAUGAAAAGAACCUUUUAUUAAAAAUCUAGUCAAAAUGUCUCCAAAGAAACUAAAUUUCCUAAUCGCUUGUACAUUAAUCAAACUGACAGUUGCAAGUGCCAAUGGCAACUCAAGCGCAGUGCUGCAAGAGCCGGCUAGACAGCAAGCGUUGGACGAGACAUUUAAGCGCACAUCGCCACUUUAUGGCUUAUCAACAAUCAGUGAUGAGCAUUUAAUUAAACAGCAAUGCCACAAACAUUUGCAGCACUUCCAGAAUGGUGUGAGACAAAAAUUGCCUUGGGCAUUGAAAAUGUACGACGCCUCGGCUAGCCUGGAGCCGGGCUUUACAUUUGGCAACAAUUUCUGGUUGGGCAAUAUUGAGGUCUGUCAUGCCGUUACUCAACCGGUGAGCUUACAGGCGUCAUCCUACCUACCACAUCACAUGAAACCAGAGCUUUUGACCUCCAUAGCGCCCUUCCCCGUCGAGUUUCGCGUUCUCUACUUGCGUCACAACUCCAGCUGGCAAGUAGAUCCGGUUGUGAUUGCGUUUGCAACACGCAUUCAUAUGGGUCUCUGUGUGCCCAGCUCUUGUACGGAGCAGGAAAUACGCGGUCUCAUGGAAACCUACUUGUCCAGUGAUCUCUUUGCCGGCAAUGAAUUGUACGAUAUGAACUUGCAAUAUGAUUAUGCGAAGGAUCUUAAGUUGAAGCCGGAUACUUUUCGCAGAACUUCAUUUUAUUUGUGUUGUGUUUUUAUUGUUACAACAGUGGGUCUGACAAUUGCUGCCGCUAUGUUAAAGACAGCAACGGUCAUAGAAGAGAAUAAUAUUACACAAAAUUCAGACGAGGCGCAGAAAGUUACUGAGACCGGCUUUGAAAACGUGAAGUCCGAAAACCAGCAAUCGGUUGUUGCGUCGAGCUUUAUCGCUUGCUAUGACAUAGAAACGAAUUGGCAGUACAUCUUUAAGCCGGCGACAGCGAGUCACACUUUUGCCGCUUUAAAUGGUAUACGUUUUGUCUGCGCCAUUGGUGUCACCAUGUAUCAUUACUUAAUGUUCCUCUUCAAUGGUACACGAAAUAAAUUAACGCUUUUCGGCUAUCAGGUGCAUAUUGGAAAUGUUGAUGUGUUUGUGGAUGUAUUUUUUACCAUCAGUGGAUUCCUACAGGCUUACCACCACUUUCGAAAUGUCGUACUGUUGGAUAUGAUACGUAAAAAUAAUUUUAAGCAGAACCUAAUACUGAUAGGACUGAGUAUAUUUCAUCGUUAUUUGAGAUUGGCACCCCUAUACUUCCUAACUAUGGGCUUAUCAGAUUGGAGCGGCAAACUAGUGGAUGAUAUAUCACUAUAUCAUAUAGAGUAUAAAACGGACAUCAACUGUGAAAAAUAUUGGUGGCGAAAUGCAUUCUUUAUACAGAAUUUCUUCAAUCACAAUGACAUGUGCUGUCUUUGGACAUGGUCCUUGGCGUGUGAUAUGCAGUUCUCAGUAUUGGCUACGGUGCUGCUGUUUCUCUAUGUCAAACACCCGAAGCGUACCAAAUUUUGUUUAGCUGGUCUUGUUUUAGCAAGCAUAGGUUACACCUACAGCAAUGGACUCAAGUUGAAUUUCGAUGGCACUCUGGAGUCAACGUUCGCCUUUCUAACGGAAAUCUACAUACAUCCGUUAGCACGCAUUUUGGCUUAUAUCUCUGGCAGUAUCGCUGGCUGGUACUUCGUUGAGCAGAAGCAGCUACCAUUUACCAUAGGCAAGCGUACUCAACAGUUUAUGCUUUAUUUGGUGGUACUCCUAUGUUUCGGCUGCGUAUUUAAACCCUCCUUUCAACCACUUUCUGUUUUUCAAUCAACAACCUCCUUAUUGCUGGAACACAUUAUCUUUACUCUCACAUGUAGUAUUAUAUUUCUGGCCAAUGCUUAUGGUCGCAUGCGCUGGUUCUUCGGCCUAUUUGAAUUGGCCAUCUUUCAGAAAUUCAGUAGAGUUGCAUACGCAAUGUUUCUGUUGAAUCCAAUGCUCACCUUCGCAUUGCCGGCGUUUAGUCGCUCUAACCUCUACGUCAAUCCUUUGCCAAUGUUGGCUGAAUCCAUCGGUCUUUUGGUGGUUCUAGUAUUAUAUUCAACGGUGAUAACUUUACUCUUCGAAGUUCCAUAUCAAAAUCUAUCAAGACUUCUGAUUACCAAGCAAUUUAAGAAAAAACUUUCUUAAUAAUUUAUUUUAAGUAUAACUGUAAAUUGCAAUAUGUGUUGAAUUAACACUGUUGAUGAAAUCAAUUUUUAAUA